AUGGCGCCAGUUGUAGAGAGCACACAGCCAUGGGUUGAGAAAUACCGACCAAAGCAAGUGAAGGACGUGGCGCAUCAGGAGGAAGUAGUCCGUGUCCUCACCAACACUCUCCAGACUUCUAACUGUCCGCACAUGCUCUUUUAUGGACCGCCAGGGACAGGAAAGACCACUACUGCACUUGCUAUCGCUCACCAGCUUUUUGGACCUGAGUUGUACAAGUCUAGGGUGUUGGAGCUGAAUGCUAGUGACGACAGAGGGAUUAAUGUUGUUCGCACAAAGAUUAAGGAUUUUGCUGCUGUUGCUGUUGGCUCCAACAACCGUCAAGGCGGUUAUCCUUGUCCAUCUUUUAAGAUCAUCAUCCUAGAUGAGGCUGAUUCCAUGACGGAAGAUGCUCAGAACGCCUUGAGGCGCACAAUGGAAACUUACUCCAAAGUCACCAGAUUCUUUUUCAUCUGUAACUAUAUCAGCAGGAUCAUAGAGCCCCUUGCUUCAAGAUGUGCAAAGUUCAGGUUUAAACCACUUUCCGAAGAAGUCAUGAGUAACCGUGUAAUGCUUAUAUGUAAUGAAGAAGGUCUCAACCUUGGUGGAGAGGCUCUUUCAACUUUGAGCUCCAUAUCACAAGGUGAUCUCCGUAGAGCCAUCACGUAUCUGCAGAGUGCUGCACGGUUGUUUGGAUCAACAAUAAAUUCCACGGAUUUAGUCAAUGUGUCUGGGGUAGUUCCUCUGGAGGUAGUCCAGAGUUUUUUUACUUCAUGCAAAAGUGGUGAUUUCGAUAUUGCAAACAAGGAAGUGGACAACAUAGUUGCAGAAGGAUAUCCUGCAUCUCAAAUCAUCAAUCAGGUUUUCUAUUUCUCUUUCAUUUUUGUGGCAAUUAUGGUUAUCAACACGUCUAAUACAAAAGUCUCCUUUCAGUUAUUUGGUAUAGUCGUUGAGGCUGGUGAUGACAUAACAGACAAUCAAAAGGCAAAGAUCUGCAAAUGUCUAGCUGAAACAGAUAAGCGACUUGUAGAUGGUGCGGAUGAGUAUCUUCAGCUUCUGGACGUGGCUAGCAAUACAAUUCGUGCACUCUCAGAAAUGGCUCAAGACUUCUGA